AUGGGUCACUAUGUAAAUUUUGGCACACACCACCUCAAUGUGUGCGACCCGAACCUCAGACAUUGGCUGUUACACGACAUCAUGGGCAUUGCACAAGAUCGUGCCAUUAUUAAUACGAAUCAAACGCUAAGACGUCAAUCUUUCUACAACAAAAAAAAAAGGAUGGUGGUGAUGUUAAAGUUGUUAGUGUUGUGGUAUAUGAUCCACGAUUGA